UACUGGUCACGCUUCCUCACUUAAACCCCUCCGUUUUCAAUCCAAGCGAGCACAGCCCCGGCCCCCGGGUUUAACCACCACCAGCACUGAAACAUAGUCCCUCUUCUUUCAUUCGUCGUCGUCGAACAGCUGAGCUUUCUAUGCCCAAUCCGCAAUAGGGCGACUCCUUUGUCGGUCUCACGGUGGCGAACAUCUGCCAGACGCUAGGAAGCAUAAACCCCUGCAACAAUAGUGUCUUCACAUCAUUGUCUCUGUGUCUUCGCGUCUUCGUUUCUGCAUUUGCAACUCUUUGGCUUCUUCGCCUCUCUCUCCAGUCUUCCUCCUCGUCAUUCAAUUCUCAAGGCCGAACCAAACCCUGAUUUCUUAAAAAUCAAGGUUUCUCCUUCGAUUAUUGGGUUAUUUUUUACCAAUUCCGAUCGGGUAUGUCAUCUAUUUUCUCCAUGUUGGGUUUGCCAUACAGAAAAAUAAGCAAUACAGAAAAAUAUGCACGAUACGGAUUCCGUACCUUACAAUAUUUCUACCAAUCCCGAUACACCCAUGCUAUACACACGGAAUCCUUCAAAACCGGUACCAUGCGUAUACCAAUUGAGGUAUGCGGAUUAGGUCGAGUUGGAGUUUGUAGGGGUCAGGUUCUGAAUUCUUGUUACAGUACGUCUGUGCAAGCUCAAAUAUCUAACCAGAACAAUAGUACUAUGCAAUCGAUUGAGGAUGUUGGAGGUGCAAGGAAACACCAAAUUGGGGAAAAUGUCUCGAGAAAGGAUAAGAUUCACUUUCUUGUGAACACACUACUUGAUCUAAAGGAUAGUAAAGAAUCUGUUUAUGGUGCUCUUGAUGCCUGGGUAGCGUGGGAGAAAAACUUCCCUAUUGCAUCACUUAAGAAGGCUUUGCUUGCUUUGGAGAAGGAACAGCAGUGGCAUAGGGUUGUUCAGGUUAUUAAAUGGAUGCUAAGCAAGGGGCAGGGAACUACCAUGGGAACGUAUGAGCAAUUAAUACGUGCUUUAGAUAUGGAUCACAGAGCAGAAGAGGCCCACAUGUUUUGGGAAAAGAAAAUUGGCAUGGAUCUACAUUCAGUGCCUUGGCAGUUGUGCAAGCUCAUGAUAUCUGUUUACUACCGGAAUAACAUGCUACAGAAUCUUAUAAAGCUUUUUAAGGGCCUUGAAGCUUUUGAUCGUAAACCUCCAGAAAAAUCAAUUGUGCAGAAAGUGGCAGAUGCAUAUGAGGUGUUGGGCAUGCUUGAUGAGAAAGAGAGGGUGUUAGUGAAGUACGACGAUCUUUUCAUAGAAACAGCGAAAGGAAGCCCCAAGAAAUCUAGAAUUGCAUCUAAGAGAAAGAAUAAAUCAGUUAAUUUUGUUUGUGAUUUCAGUGGACAGAAAAGACGUGUCAACCUUGAACAAUGUCAGUAGCGCUGCUAGUGGUGUACCAUGAUGCAAGGAUUAUAGAACGAAACAUGAGCAGCAAAGAAAGAAGCAGCCAUGCUUAAAAAAGUGCUGAAGAUUUUUUGUAUGGAAAAUUAAUCUUGACUGGUCAGGAACAUCUUCAAUGGAUUUUGAAUAUUUCUUGUGGCAACGCUAUUCCAUGUUUCACCUGUUCAACAUAUCAUGCAUUGGCCCAACCUUUGUUGAGCAUUUAAAAUUA